CUUCUGCAACUAAGGAGGUGGUAGUAAAUCUCCUUGGCAGUUUUGCUUUCUGUCCUUUCCAGUCAAGUCAUAUGUGCCUAGCCGAGAAGAAGCAUGAACCUAAACAUUGUCCUCCUCACUCUUGGAAUGGUGAUAGCUCACCAUAUAUCUGAAGCUAUAUUUCCCAUAAUCGUUGAUUGUUGCACAGAAGUAGCCCAUCAUGUUCCUGGAAAGUGGCUAAGAAGAAAUGUGCUGAGGUUUGAUGUUCAGAAAGGAGGAGAUUUGUGCAAAAUACCUGCUGUGAUUCUUUACACCAAGCGCAAAAAGCUAUGUGCAAGUCCACAUAAUAAAAAUGUGAAGAGGUGGAUGAGGCAAAUGUCCAAGACUCACCAAAAGAUUGGCAAUCAUGGCAGGAAGAGAAAAAAAAACUAAAAGGAGGCGGAAAACCACAAUGAAAUUGUAAUGGGCUGGCUGCUGAAGGAACUAUGGAGAUACCACAAUCUAUACAAUGAAAUAAACUCAACAAAGGUC